AUGGCGGCGACCGUGGCGUCGCUGUACAGGCGGGUCCUCCCGUCGCCGCCGGCGGUGGACUUCGCUUCGCCGGAGGGUAAGCGCCUCUUCGCCGAGGCCCUGGCGGCGGGCACCAUGGAGGGCUUCUUCCCCCUGGUCUCCGUCUUCCAGACGCAGUCGGAGCCGGCCUUCUGCGGCCUCGCCUCCCUCGCAGUCGUCCUCAACGCGCUCGCCAUCGACCCGGGCCGCCGCUGGAAGGGUCCCUGGCGGUGGUUCGACGAGUCCAUGCUCGACCGCUGCGAGCCCCUCGACAAGGUCAAGGCCCAGGGCAUCACCUUCGGCAAGGUCGCCUGCCUCGCGCACUGCUCCGGCGCCGACGUCCAAUCCUUCCGCGCUAACCGGGUCACCAUCCACGACCUACGGCGGCAUCUCAUCCGAUGCGUCUCCUCCCAGGACUGCCAUCUUAUUGCUUCCUACCACAGGAAGGCUUUCCAACAGGUUACGGCCCCCUAA